GGAGUGUUUUAACCCCCCUGGCUAUGGAUGCGUGUUGCGCUGCGCGGACUACGAUGGCGGCGGCGGCGGCGAGUGCACAAAGCUGGACGAGCACCGCCGCCACGUGUCGCGCCCACGUUUACGGACGAGAAUGCAGCGGCGGAGUGUUUUUUAACAAGACGAAACUGGGGACGAUUUGCGUGAAGCCAUCAUCAUCAUCAUCAUCAUCAUCAUUCCAGGUAAUAUCGGAGUCGCGAGCGCGGUCGUUGGAGCUAGGAGGAGGCGGGCGGAAAGGCGGGGGGGGAGCGGGGCGGGGGCACCGGCGCGCGAGCUCCGCAGUCUCAACAACAACAACAGCUUCCGCCUCUUCUACCGCCGACGGACGUCGAACGAAAUCUGCCGCCGCGGAAGUGGAUUUGGAGGGCCCGCCGGAUCGCCCCUGGAUCCGCCACGUGGAUCAUCAUCAUCAUCCUGUCGAUGAUUCUCAAUCCUCCUCUCCCCUGGCUAUGGAGUCCCCCCCAGUUUCCGCCGUUGUUGCCGAUCUGCUGCUGAGCGCGACGGCGGCGGAGAGAGUUCGCGCGGACUCGCAAAGCGAGGCCCGCGAUUCUUCUUCUUCUUCUUCUUCUAUCUCCUCCUCCUCCCUUCCUUCCUCCUCCUCCUCCUCCUCUGGGACCGUCGGUACCCCGACGAUGGAUACCAAGCCUUCGAUCCUGAAGGCGGUGCUGUAUGGGGAUUUCCUCGAGGUGCAGCAUGGUUCCGCGACGCUGCGCGUGGACAAGCGCGGGCGCUUGGAGCUGCGCCAAUUCAGGCGGAAAACGGGGAAGGAGGAGCUCGUUGUCCACGGACAGCUCAAGCUUCCUCCGCAUUCUAGCUCUUCGCCGGAGUUCUGUAAGAUGGUGGUCCCGGAAGACGAAGGAGGCAUCGUCGUCGUGAAAUGGUCUGAGGAUGCUGUGCUCAGAGUGGUGCCGGCGGGGUCACGCAAAAUGGCCAAAGUUGCGCAGAGCGAGAAUGGAAGUCGGGCGUGGACAGAGAAUCUUGAGGAAGGCUUUGUGCUGGACUUCACCGUUAGGAGGUGUAAAGGGGUGCUUGAGAUGGCAGAAGUGACCUUGGAUAUUCGUUCAGCUGGACACUGGUUUGGUGGGGGUCACUUCAUGAAGCAGCACUGGCCGCUGAAUCGUGGGGCUUUUGAAGUUGGUCCUUUCUUCCCGUUUGAUAAUGGGCCUAAUGGGCUGAACACCCUGGCCACACCUCAGUGGGUGACAAGCAAAGGACUACUGGUGCUUGCGGACGCAGACAUUCCCUUCUUGCACGUCGGUAUGAACGCUCCUCGACCUGGGCCGUACGAUGGCUGGAUCCAACGAUCAUGGGGUGUUGGGGUCCAGAAUCUGUCCAAGGAAUACCUCCCGCUCACAUGCAGAGGCAAUGGGGAUGGAAUGCUGCGAUUGCAGGCUAGACACAGCUAUAAGUGUCACAGGAUGAAUCAUCCUCUCCAUGACUGGAUCCCAAAUUUGUCUGAGUUUCAUGAAUCUAGUGAUGGUACAAGAAAGCUAACGGUGAGAUUUGCACUUUGCGCCCACCAGAAUGUUCGGGAUGCAACUAUGGCGGCAUUGGGGACACUGAAGAAGCCCCCAAAUCCUCCUCCGAAAGAGCUGGUGACAAAACCCAUCUGGACAACCUGGGCUAGGUAUCAUGCCAAGGUGACACAAGCCAAGGUUGAACAGUUUGCCAAUGAGAUUGCAUCCAGGCAGUUGCAGCGGUCGGUCAUGGAGAUUGAUGACAAGUGGCAAACCAAGUAUGGAGACUUCGUCUUCGACCCAGUUAAAUUCCCAAACCCCAAGGCCAUGGUGGAAUUGCUUCAUGCCCUAGGGUUUAAGGUGACCCUCUGGAUUAUGCCAUUUGCAGAAGAAAGUUCAUUGGCAUAUAAGGAAGGAGGUCCAAAAGGCUAUUUCAUAUCGUCAGAUGCACCGCCCACACGGGGCCUCAAGCCUGGGUUCUUCAGAUGGUGGCAGCCCACUCCUGCUGUGGCGCUUGAUGUCACAAACCCGGAUGCUGUCAAAUGGUUUGUGACACGGCUGAAGAAACUGCAGGAGGAAAAUUUGAUCGAUGGGUUCAAGUUUGAUGCGGGAGAGCCUUGCUUCCUCCCUCGCCGCUUUCGCACUCAUACACCUAUCAUAUCACCGAUUGAAUAUACACGACUCUGGGUCCAGGAGGUGGCAUCGAACUUUGAAGUUGGAGAAGUACGGACGGGUCAUCGAACAACGAGUGUGCCAUUGCUGACAAGAAUGGGCGACAGGUUUUCGCACUGGGGCUCGGGGAAUGGUUUGCGGAGUGUUAUCCCAACGCUACUUACAUCUGGGCUGCUUGGCUACCCAUUCUGCCUUCCCGAUAUGAUUGGAGGGAAUGCGUACUUUGGAAGCAAACCAGACAUGGAGCUACUGGUAAGAUGGGCGCAAGCAAAUGCUUUGAUGCCAGCCAUGCAGUUCUCAAUUCCACCAUGGGAUUUUAGCGCGGAAGCCGAGAAGUUGUGCCAUUCAGCUCUGCAGGUUCGACGUCUAAUUCAGAACCAUCUAUUAAUGUUGGCAGAUGAUGCGUGUCGGGCUUUGGCGCCAAUUUGCCGUCCUAUGUGGUGGCUUGACCCAGAAGAUGAUGAGACUUUUCCCAUUGGAGAUCAGUUUGCAAUUGGAGAUGACGUGAUUGUCGCACCUGUCGUUGUGAAGGGUCAAAAGCGGCGCGAUGUGUAUCUCACGAGAGGGUUUUGGUGUGACCUGGUGAACCCCCAAGAAGUUUAUGAAGGACCGCGAUGGCUUCGCAAUUUAGAGGCCCCCCUCAACAAGCUACCGGUUUUCAAGCGGGUGGAUCCAAGUGCCGUUGCCAGCCACAUAGCAAGUCAGCUCAUUCAAAGUGGACAUAUUGCCAGCACUGUCGCAAGCCAGCUUGUAGCGAAACUGAUCCAAGGAGCGGACCCCGUCAGUUUGUAAAAAGGAUUCGAACACAAAAGACUUCUAUUGGACUAUUUAUGGCUCAGGUUCUUCAUAAUUAUCUGCUUAUUAGAUCAGGAGCUCGAACUCUGGUCGUGGGCUAUGGUCAGAUCCUCAAUGGCAAGGAUUGGAAUACCACAUUUUACCCCUGUGGUCGAUAUGCAUGAGUGUCACAGUAUGCGGACGGUUCAAGAUUUCAGGCACUCGACAGGGGAUGGCAGCGUAGCAUUGACUCGAUGAUGGUGGAUGUAAAUGCCUUUAUUGCAGUCUUUAUGGUUGCAUACUUAACUCUGGGACGCAUCAUUGCGAAUCGAAAGUGUUUCUGUCCAAUAUAAAAGGGUUCUUGGCCUGUAUCGGCUUAAUGGCAGCUCGUAAAGCUGGGUGUGUCCGCAGAAGCGGGUGCUUCUCCUGUUCCCAUUGUUCUCCCGGAAGUCUACAGCAGAUAUGGCCAUGCCUACGGAAAGCGUCCAGAAAGCGCUGGAUGUGUCGGGCCAUGCCUACAGAAAGUGUCCAGAAAGCGCUGGAUGUGUCUGCACAAAGCGUUUAUUCUAUUGGUUAGGUGUUUGCCUGACAAGCAGUUGGUUGUGUUCCCAUUGCUCUCCCUGAAGUCUACAGCAGCAAUGGCCAUGCCUGCAGAUAGCGUCCUGGAAGUGCUGGGUGUGUCUGCAAAAAGCGUUUGGCCUAUCGGUUAGGUGUUUGCCUGACAAGCCAUUGGUUGUGUGCUCGAUUCUCGGAUUGGACAUGCAUAUGCAUAUGCCAUUGAUAUUUGGUUCUUGACCAUGCAGACGAGACAAACUCUCAAUUCAAAUUCCACUCUCAAAAAUGAUUUCGUAAAGGAAAUGCACAGGCUGCAUCCAGCGCUUCGAGGGAGGGAAUCAAUUAGUACAUGUGUUGUUCAUGUGACUCAGAUUCAGCAUUUAUAAAUCGCGAUCAAGUUUUUGAUUGACUGGGACGGUGGGACCGCUAUUUAUUCUUUUGCGUGAUGAGCCCUUGAGGCUCUCAACUUCACAGUUUGGGGCAUGUAUAAGGCCAUUGGCCCUGCGUUCCACCCAUUGGCGUAGACCGUCAGUCUUCCAGAAUACCUAUUUCAGAUGUGCACGCAUAAGCCAAUUAACCCUGC